UUUGGGAUAAAUACCUCAAAUUUAGGGUUUCAGUGGUGAAACGAAUCCGGAAGUUGAAGACAAUGGCGAAGUUCAAUGUGGUUCAGAAGCAGAGACGAGCUCAUAAAGCUCAGACGAAGAGGGACGCCCAUGGUGAUCCCUUGACGAAGAAGCUAAAGAUCAAGCAACAGCCUACUUAUGUUUCCAGUAAGCGUAAGCGGAAGUUGAUGAAGAAAAAACGCAGAGAAGAGAAGGAAGCUUUACAGAUGGGGCUGACGAACAUGGAAGAUGUUGAAAUGGCUGUUGCUGAAGGU